CUAUCCAUCGUCCGUUUUUAACUUUAAUUGUUCUUCUGUCUCGAUCGACCUAUUUUCGGUGUAGAUAAAUAUCGGUAUAUUUAUUUAUCGUUCUGCAUUAAAUAUUUCAACUCUUCUUUAUUUUUCUGAGCGUGCUGAUUGUUGAAGCUUCUGCAUUGAAGUGAUGGCGUCUAAAUUGGUUUCGAUAAUCGUCUUCGUUUUCGAUGUUAUUGCUUUUGGCUUGGCUGUGGCUGCUGAACAACGGAGAAGCACUGCCACGACAACACAGGAUUCAGAACAGAACUACAAUUACUGUGUCUAUGACUCGGACAUUUCAACUGGAUUCGGUGUUGGUGCUUUCUUGUUCCUCAUGGCCAGUCAAGCUAUCAUAAUGGUGGCAAGCCGUUGUUUCUGUUUUGGAAAGGCUUCAAGGACUGGAGGCUCCCGGUCUUUUGCACUUCUACUUUUCAUAUUAUGCUGGGUGACCUUUAUCAUUGCCGAGGCAUGCUUGUUAGCUGGUUCAGUGAGAAACGCCUAUCACACCAAGUAUGUCACAAUUUUCAGCCAAAACCCUCCUUCUUGCCAGACUGUACGAAAGGGUGUCUUUGCAGCAGGUGCAGCGUUCACUUUCUUCACUUGCAUACUAUCUCAGUUCUACUACAUUUAUUAUUCCAGUUCGCGAGAAGCUUUUGCACCAUACGGCGGAGAAGCUGGUGUGGGACUUGGAACCUUCAAGUGAGGCAUGUCAGUAUGCCACUGCUAAAAGCCUUAUUCUAGGAAUUCUUUAUUUGAACUGAAGAUAUAUAUAGUUAAAAAUAGUUUCAAGCUUUUGUUCAAGUACAAUAGUAUCCAGAUGCAUAUAAUCUUGUUAUUAUUUUUCAGCACAACAGUCAGCACCAUAAAUCAGAAAGAUUCAGUUCAUAAAAA